AUGUGCAGAUCUGGUGUAAAGCAUACCAAUGUUUUAUUGAGGGGAGCAGUGUUCCGGACAUUUAGUAUCAACUUUUUCACGUAUGGUUUCCCGGUCUCCUUGUUUGCUCUUUCCUUCUGGAGUUUCCAUUUUGCCAGUUUAUGUGCAUUUGGAUUACUUGCAUAUGUUGGCUACAUCGUAUAUGGCUUCCCCUCCUUAUUCCGUUUGCACCGGUUGAAUGGGCUGCUUCUUGUCUUCAUUCUCUUGUGGGCUGUUAGCACAUACAUUUUCAAUGUAGCAUUCGCUUUCUUGAAUCGGAAACUUGGAAAGGACAUGGAAAUUUGGGAGAUGGUUGGGUUGUGGCAUUAUCCAAUACCUGGGUUCUAUCUGCUUGCACAAUUUUGUCUUGGAAUUUUAGUUGCCUUGGGUAAUCUAGUGAACAAUUCCGUUUUCCUUUACUUGUCUGAUGAACAUGGGCAAUCUUCAGAUGAGAACUCUACAGUGGAAGCUUUCAACUUCAACCAUAUCAGUCUUUGUAGGUGA